AUGUAUGCUGCCUACGACAAAAUUGACGAUAAGAAUGUACCAAAUAGAAAACGUGUUGUAAUAAGUCGAUUUGAAAUUGCAUCAGAAAUUAAUUCCAACGUGACAACAAUUCAUCGACCAUCACCUGAGAGUCCACAAAUUAAAGAAUCGAAUUCUAUUGCCGAAUACAUGUACAAUGAUGAUGAAACUCAAAGAGUUGGUGAACAUAUUCUUUUCAUUUACUUUGAUCUGCAACCUUCAUCAAAUCGAGAUUUUGUUGGUCCACUUCGAGCAAUCAAUGAAUAUGUUCAAAUAUAUACAGAUUCUGCUACUUGUUUAGAUUUUUUAAACUCGUCAAAUGAAAAAAUCUUCUUUAUUUCUUCAUCGGGCGAUAAACAAUUCAUUAAAGAAGUUCAUGAUUGUAGAGCUGUUGAGGCCGUAUUUAUAUUGGACUCAAAUAUAAAAAUAGAUAAAAAUAGAUUUCCAAAGUUAUUUGGUGUGUAUGUACAUCCAGAACAACUUCUUGCAGCAUUGAGAAAUGCAUAUGAAUGGUUUGAGCAGACACAAAUGAAUUUUUUUUCAUUUGAGCAUGAGAAAAUAUUUGUCUGGUCACAAUUAUGGAAAGAAGCAUUUAUAAACUCAUCGGACUCAUGUGCAUCAUCUGACAAGCAAAAACUUGUUGAUGUAGCCGAAAGAUAUUAUCGAGGAAAUAAAAAAAUAUUAGAUGCUGUGGAUAAUUUUGAUUGUGAUUAUGAUAGGAAUGAUGCUUUAAAAUGGUGUUUUUCUGCCCCAUUUCCAUCGCGUUUUCUUAGUCAUGCGCUUAGCACUCGAAAUCCAAGAUUUAUCGAUCUUUGCCGUUUUCUUAUUGUUGACGUAUCUUAUGCUUUAAAAGAAUCGACAGAUUGUAAAUCGAAUUAUCAAAUUUUCAAAGGUAUAAAAAUGACAGCUGAACUUUUUGAGAAAUUGGUGAAUCAUAUUGGCAAACUCAUCUGUCCAAAAGGAUUUUUUACUUGUACUACAUCUAGAAUAGCAGCUUUAGAACUUGCUCGAGCACCCGAUUAUCGUCCGGAUCUUAAACCUGUUAUAUUCAAACUUAAUUAUGAUUCAUCAGUUCCCAUGGGUCAAUUACUUAUGAAAGAUACGUCCACAUUGGUGGUAUUUGAUGUUUAUACUGCUUUUCGUGUAACAUGGAUUACUCGUGGUCCAGUAUCCAUUAUAGACUUGGAAGCUGCAGAUAAGGACGGACGCAAUAUGGCUCUAGAUUAUAAAGCAAGAUAUAAAUCAGCGAAUGUACAGGCGCUACUUAGUCAACUUUUGGUUUUUCCAAAGCCUCCUCCACGAUUACCACCAAUUAAACGAUCACAAUCAACGUCAGUAAAGCGAAGACCUAGAAUAACAAUUAAGAAAGUUAGCCAACCGGUACUUACUCAACAAGAGAUAGACGCCCAAAGAAUGGUAAAACGUGGUGAAGUAGAUCAAGCCAUAACUCUGUAUAGAACUUCAAAAAAUAAUCCACCUCGUGCUCUGAAUGAUCUCGCUACAUUGUAUGCUGAGAAGAAGGGAAACUAUUAUAUGGCAAAAAAAAUUCAUUUGCAAGCAUUGAAAGUUCAAGAGCAGAAAGGUGAAGAUCCAACCGAAACAUUAGUAAAACUGGGUGUCGUUCAUUACAAUCGUUAUGACUAUAAUCAAGCUUUAGAAUAUCACUCGCGAGCAUUGAAGCUACAACACGAUAAUCAAGAAGCUGAUAAAGUAUUAAUGGCCGACAACCUUAUUGGAAUGGCAAAUGCUCACUGGGGUAAAGAUAAUUUACCUGACGCGCUAAAACAUGCCGAAGAAGCAUUAAAAAUAAAUGAAUCGCCUGAAUAUAGAAAUGAUCUGAAUUUGGCUGUGAACUUAACCAUUCUAGCGAAUAUACAUCAUAAAGGAGGAAACGAUGCUCGAGCAUUUAAAUUUGUUCAACGGGCUAUGGCUAUUCUUCAACGUUCUCGUUCUCCCGACUCACUUACUUUAGCAUCAAUACUAAAUAAUUUAGGAGCAAUUCAAGUGGCAUUAGCCUUGUACUUUGAUGCUCAUACCAGCCUUAACAGGGCAUUGAAAAUUUGUAAAAAAAUUCUACCCGAAGGAAAUCCAAAACGCGUUGUAAUCGAAACAAAUAUUAAGCGUACCAAAGAAAUAAUAAAACAAAUUGAAGCUAUUGAAAAUAAGAAACGUAAAAAGCAUAAAUAA